AUGAUUACUGACUUAACCUCAAUAUAUACAGACUCGAUUGGAACCAAACAAUCUUUCACUCCAUCAACUGAGUAUAUUCCAACUUUAGAAGACACCAAAUCUUCAAGUAGAGUGAUGGACGAGUAGUAUAACGAGUCUUGCAGUGACUGGUCCAACGUCUCGAUUAAUACAACUCUUAAGGACCUUACUGCUUGUGUUGAGAGAUAUCACAAUUUAGACCCGAAUAGAUUCGACUAAACCGAUAUUCCUUUUGUGAUUGCUGAGUACGGCUGUGCAACUGGGGCAGCUUCUGUACUUCCAUUACAAACGAUUAUCAACGCAGUUCGAAGAAUUCAACCUCGCAUGACUAUCCAAAUAAUACUAAACGACUUGCCCGAAAAUCAUCAUGGACUUGCUAUCUCAGCAGUCUCUCAAGGCCUAUCCUUAUAUGACGACAUAUAUAUUAUGGUUGCAGGAAAAGAUUUUACGAAAUAAGUUUUUCCAAACAAUUCUGUUGAUAUUGCUUAUUCUAAUAUGACCGCCCAAAUCAUUCCGUAAGCUCCUUGUCCCAGGGAUGAGAACGUGUUCUUCUUGGCGAAUUCCAAAAAUAUUCAAAGUGAAUGGGGAGAAAAAUGGGUACAAGCUUUUGAAAAACAUUGGGAAUCUUUUAUAUCAAAUAGACAAAAAGAACUAAAGACAAACGGUCAACUAUUCGUUACUGUGCUUAUCUAUGAUGACCCAAUCUUACCGUAUCAAGAAAAGGAAACCUAAUUUUAUCAUGAAGUUGCUGGCGUAUGUCUUAAGAAUUUGCUUCAGAAAUAUAAUCUUGCUGAUAAGCUACAAAGCACACUCAAGACUUCAUCAUCAAUGUUCAAGAGUCACUACAUAGAUAUCUGUGAUAAGUAUAAUGAAAAAAUCUAAGUUGUUAGUUCAAAUUCCUAUGACAUCAUAGAUUAUUUCUACGCUGAAUAUGAAAGAACAAAAGAUUCAAGAUAGUUUGGAAUGAAAGUAGCAGCUUAUAUUAAGGGGUGGUGGGCUCACGUGCUCGAGGGUGGACUUGUCUCUGAAGGAGUAAAUCAACAGCUGGCAAACACAAUCUCUAACGAGUUUUUCGACACAAAUUUGCCAAAGUUUGUAAGCGAAAGAGCAUCUAUUUACCCUGAGUACUUCAGGGUCCUUGCUCUUUCUGUACAAAAGAUCUGA